GGCAGCCCCCCCGGCAGCCCCCUAAGGCCGGGGGCGCCGGUGGCAUCCCUGCAAUGCGUUUGGCAUCGCCUCCCCCGGGCUGGCGCUCGCUGGACAUCCAUGUGAUCGAGGGGCUGCUCCGUCCCACCGCCGGGUCCAGCCGCCGCCACGGCGAGGAAGCCAGAAGGUCGAGCCGGCGUCCCCGGCGGAGCGUCCCCAGCACCGAGGAGGGUCCCCCAGCACCGGCUGGGCACCCCCCCGCCCCCCUCAACCUCCCCGCCAUCCCCCGGGGUCAUCCCGGCCGUGAUGCCCCGCGGGAAGAGGGACCCCAUCCUGCUCUCCCACGCCGAGCCGCCUGGCACCGACGGCGAGGGUCCCCGCAGCGGCGGCGAAGGCCGGAGGUCCCCGUCGGAGGAGGAGGGUCACCUCCCCGGCCUCCCCCGCGACGACCUCACCAAGAGCAUGUCGGGCUCCUCCGUCUCCUCGUACCACUCUGCCCUGUGCUCAGAGGGGACGGAGACCUUCAAGGACUGCCUGGAGUUUCUGGACGAGGAAGGGACCCCCCCCCGGGACGCGGGGCGGCGGGGCGGCCGUGCCGAGGGGGCUGCCUCGGGGCACUGGGCUGCGGCGGGGGCCCCCGGCGUCCCCCCGCCGCCCGGCCCCCUCGCCCGCCCGCCGCAGGCUCAGCUGUCCACCGCGGCUAAGAAUAUCCCGGUGCCGGGGCAGGGGGGCAGGAUGGGGCUCCUCGGCGGGGACCGGCAGCCUGCCACCGCCGCCACCGCCGCCACCGCCGCCACCGCCGCCGGCGGGGAGCCGGCUCUGCCCCGGCAACCGGGGGGGAUGCUCGGCGGGGCGCCCAGCGAUUCGGACGAGGCGGACGGCGAGGUGCGGGCGCUGACGGCCAGGGCUUUCCGUAGCCUCUCGGGUCUCCCCGCCGCUCGACUGGACAUGUGCAGCUCCCACACCUCCUCCAGCCUCUCCAACUCGCUGUCGGAGGACGGCGGGCGGCCGCGGCGGUGGCCGGUGGCCAGCAGCGAGCCCCGGGGCACGGUCGCAGCCCUCCACAGCAGGGUGGGCUGGCCCUUGCCCGCCGGCGUGGACGGGGAGCUGCCGGGCUUGCUGGGGAAGGAGCAGUUCGAGUGCGUGGACGUGGAGCUGGAGAGCGGGGAGGCCAGGAAGGGCCACGGCAAGAAGAGGACUGUCCCCAAGCGCCAGAUCCUGCUGAAGAGGAAGGAGAGGAAGGAGACGGGUUUCGGCCCAUGGGGGGAUGGCUCAGCCCCCCAGCCGCUGCCCCCCACCAGGAAGGAGCCCCUCAGCAAGGGCAGAGCCAUCGGAGAGGACUUCAGGCUCAACUACAAGCAGUUCAUGAAGACAGCCUCCCUGGACGCCGCCGCCAGCGAGACCAGAGCAGCUUCUUGCCUCGUGAAAAACGUCCUCGCCAAGAAAAUGCAGUACGAGCAGAGGAUCAAGAUGGAGCAGAAGGGGCUGUGGGGCAGCUCGACCUCCUCGGGGCCGUCCUCCGCUGGCACCGACCUGCUGGGGGAUGGCCUGGAGGGCAAGUCCAGCUCGCUCUCCCGCUCGGACUGCAGCUUCUCGGCCGAGGACCUGCGGGGCGGCGGGAUGCGGGGGGCUGCGGUGGCCACGGCGGCCGUGGGGGAUGCCACCACCACCCAUCCCGCCAAGGGGGUGGUGCUGAGCGAGGCGACGAGGGAGAGUGUCUGCAAGCUGAAGAAGACCUUCAACGAACUCAACGAGAGGAUGAAGUAUCAGGAGGAGCUGGAGGGCCACCGGCUGCCCGGCGCCACCAAGGAGCCGGCGUCGGAGAGGAUCCGCUAUUGGCAAGCGCGUGCCUUGUUCGAAGCCCACCCUGGUGUGGGGAAGGUGCUGGACGUCGCCCGCAAAUUUGAGAGAGCACCGAAGCCGUGGCCCAGCCUGAAGCAGCGAGCCAUCUGCCCCAGCCACCCCCAAACCCUCCCCUUCGAGGCCGACAGCCCGGCGCUCCCCGCCGCGCCGCCGCGCCGCCUUGUCACCUCCUGGGCGCAGGAGGUGAGGCUGGUGCCGCGGAGCCGGCAGGAAGAGAAACCACCAGCGGUUCCCCGCCAGCCGCCCAGCCCCGGCCCCCCGGCCCGGGGGUCCCCGCCGGCCGCCCUCCCCAAGCCAGGAGAGAAGGGGAAGGGGCGCAUCCCGCAGCCCCGGGACGUGCGCAAGCUGGUGAAGAGCAGCUACAACCUCCGCUUCGGGACCGCCGGCUCGUCCCGUGGCACCGGGGCGGUGGCGAGUGGUGGGGACCCCCCGCUGGCCCCCCCGCUUGUCAUCCACUGCACCUCGGUGUGCCGCCAGGAGCCGGCGACGGAGCCGGGGCGCGAGGAAGGGCCGGCAGCAUCCAGCCAAGAGCCAGCCCCGGCGUGUGCCGGCGGCCCCACGGAGCUCACCGACGCCCGGCCCUCGCCCACCCAGUGCUCCCCCGUCCACAUCACCAGGGUGCAGGCCACGAGGAGGGCGGCGGCCGUCCCGGAGGGGCCACCGGCGUCCUCCCCGCGCCGGGAGCGGAGCGAGCUCAGGGUGCCGCCGCGGGUGCCGGCGGCCGAGGGGGUUCCCCACGUGGAGACCCACCUCCACGUCCUGGUGGGCCAGCGGUCCCCAGCGGCGGCCAGCGAGGGCCCCCCGGCUCGGAGCAGCGCAGCGCUGCGGGUGGAGAAGACUGUUCUCCUCCCACCGCCCAGUGCCACGGAGGGAAAGGAGGGAUGUGGCCAGGGCAGCACCGGAGGGCUCCACGCUGCCGAGGGGCCCACAUCAACGGAGCAGCGGCACGGCAGCGGCGGGGACCCCCGAGCCGGACCCCCUGUGGAACCAGCACCAAGAAGCGCGCCAGAGCCAGCUGCAAGCGAGCAGAGGCGGGAGCAGCCGGGCAGCCGGCUGGUGUCGGCGGGGAGCAGCGGCUCCGCUGGCAGCCCCGGCCCUGCCGCCCCGUUUCGAGGCGGGGAGGGUGAUGAAGGUCCCUCGGGCCAGCUGCCGGAGCGGAGCGAGGCCUGGGAGCGUUCACCGAAGCGGCCGGCAGCCACCGAGCCGUACCUUCCUGCUGCCCCGGCGGAGAACUCCAACUACUUAGCAAUUCCUGUGAGACCCCCCAAAUCCUCUCCGAUGCCAAAGCUGCCCUCGGUCCCCAACCCAGCCAGCACGUCCUUUGGGACCUCUGCAGUCCCCAACCCGGUCAGCACAUCCUCUGGGACCCUCUCGGUCCCCCAACCAGCCAGCGCAUCCUUUGGGACCCCCACAGUCCCCAACAUAACCAACUCAUCCUUCGGCUACCCGCCAGCCUCUGGCCUGGCCAGCACAUCAUUUGGGACUCCCUCGGUCUCCAACCUCACCAACAAGUCUUUUGGGACCCCCUUGAUCCCCUAUCCAGCCAGUGCAUCCUUUGGGACCCCCCUGGUCCCCAACCUGUGCGGUGCAUCCUUUGGGACCCCUUUGGUCCCUAAUCCACUCAGUGCAUCCUUUGGGACCCCCUUGGUCCCCAAUCCAUCCAGCGCAUCCUUUGGGACCCCUUUGGUCCCCAAUCCAUCCAGUGCAUCCUUUGGGACCCCCUUGGUCCCCAAUCCAUCCAGCACAUCCUUUGGGACCCCCUUGGUCCCCAAUCCAUCCAGCGCAUCCUUCGGGACGCCCUCAGUCCCUAAUCUGGCCAAUUCAUCACUUGGGAUCCCCUUGGUCCCCAACCCAGCCAGCUCAUCCUUUGGGUCCCCCUUGGUCACCAACCCAGUCCCUGCUCCCCUUGGGCACCCAUCGGUCUCCAACGCGGCCGGCUCGUCCUUUGGAUCCCCUUUGGUCCCCAAUCCAGCCAGCGCUCCACUGGGGACCGGUGUGUGCCCCCCGCCCGGUGGGGAAGUGCCCUGGGGCAAACCCAGCCCCGAGGCCCCGCUGCCCGGCCCCCCCGAGGGCGCAGCCGCUGCGGAGCCCCCAGCCCAGCCCCAGCCUCACCUGGAAGACGCCCCCCGUUUCCCGAGGAGGACCGACGGCCCCUCACCGAGCAGUAAGAGCACACCGAGCCCCACCAAACCCUUCGCCCCCCACCUGCCCGCACACCGGCGGAUGCUCGUCGAUCCCGACAGCGGGAAAUGCUACUACGUGGAGCCCCCGCGGCAGCCCCAGCUCAAAACGCUCUACGACCCCGAGACCGGGCAGUACCUGGAGGUGCUCAUCCCACCGGUGGCAUCGCAUGCUGGGCUCUACCAGGCUCCUUUCAACCCCCUGCUCAUGGCCCCGGGGGUCUACGGCCCACCCUACAUGCCCUAUGGCAGCUUCCCGGGGCUCCCGGCACCCCCGCCACCCUCCGCCCCCUCCCCGGCGCACCCCGACCCGCCGGCUGCCGAGAACCCCAGCUUCUCCGGGACCUUCAGCUCUGCUCCCAAGAGCGAGGGGCCGCCCGCUGCCGGGGGUCCCGACUGCGGGUACCUGGAGAGCCUCUAUUACAUCCCCACAGGGAUGCGGGCCAGCCCCGGCCCCAGCCCCGGCCAGCCCCCCGCCCGCUCCAGCCCCGCCGGGCCCGAGAAGGCACAGCUGCUCCAGAUGUGACAGCCCUCGGCCAGGGACCCACGUCCCUCCCUGAGCAGCCGGGCUUUAACUCCAAAGUCAGCAUCGCCCCUGGCACGGGAGAGACCCCCCCCCUGCCCGUGGCUGAGCUGGUGAAGCGCCGCGGGGUAAUGGGCACCGGCUGGACCUCACCGGCUCCUCGUGGGAACGGGGAGAAAAAGGGUAUUUUCCAGUGUGAGCACCUGGCAGCCCCGGGGAUGGGGGCCUGAGGUCACAGCCCCCCCAGUACUACUGGUCCCAUCCCAAGGGUGACCUGGGCUGGUUGGCACAGGGGGACGAUGGCCUGGCCACCACCAGCCUCCCUGCAGCCACGGCUGUGGCACGGACUCCCUAAAACAGUAAUAAAAAUGUUGAGACAGCAUUGAAACCUG